AUGAUUCGUGAAAAAGUUCUUAGUAUGGGAAUUGAUUCUGCAACUCUUCUCGUCAAGGACACUCUCUCCAAUAAUACCCUCCGUAUUCUUCGUAGGAUUAGUUUACUUGGGUGGACUGACGAGGAUGUGAGUAGUGCUGGAGAACUUUAUCGCAGAUUUCAGAAAUUCAACCUGUCAGGAUUUGUUUCCAUCCACACCGUUCUGGUCCAAGGCUCCUUUUUAAACGUCGUGACAGACUUCUGUGCUGGUGGGGACUUGAACACGUACUUAGAAGACAAGCUAAAGGAACCACUACCCGAGACACAGGUGGUACAGUGGCUGCUUUCGAUAUCAGUUACCCUGCGUUCGCUUCAUUGCGAUACUCAUUGUCCCUUCUACGGGCUAUCGCUGGAACGGGUGUUCUUCGGCGAUAGGGGGAACAUUCUUUUAGGCUUACCCUUACCAUUUUUUUUAUACUUCAAACAGAUGGCAGAUCGAAAAAAAGAUGGUGUGAUUCUUGAGAAGGAGUACCCGCCUGAGGCCCUUCAGAUGAGGUGGUACCACCCUGAAUUAAGCGAUGUAUGGCAUCUCGGGCUUAUUGCGCAGAAAUUGCUGUCGGCACGAACACAGUUCUCCUUGCGCUCAAGCUCAGCGCAGCAGCUUGUGAUGUAUAUGAUGGAACCAGAUCUGAAGCGUCGGAUGCCAUUGGACGAAGUGAUUAAGUCGCUUAAACAUAUCAUUCGCGAUGCCAAACCAUCUGAACACCCACCACCCGAGCUAAGCCAGCUUACCCUUGGGAAUAAGUUUGUUGUUCGUGAUAGGUUGGUUUCGCCCACGUUGCUGCAGGAUGUCGCACCAGACAUGAAGGAAACUCAAUCGACUAGCAAAGGACAUCCUUGGGCGCCUCAACUUCCGAACGGCGCUUUAGCACCUAAAGUGAGUGAGGGUACCAACAAUAUUCAUGAUGCUGAUGGCGCUGUUGUUCGUCAAGAGAACGUACGCGGCCCCCAGGACAGCUGGCACCUCCGAGCCAUGAAACAGUUUGAAGAAUUACAGCGAAUGAACGCGGUUUCGCCGGGUCGUGUGCACAAUCACGUGGGCCCACAAGAUGGUUGCACAGGUCGCAGCCGCCGCGGUCUGACGUUGCAGCCCAUUAAUACGGGCCGAGUUCAUGGGGCCAAAAAGCAGGUUGAUCAGUUUCUCGACGACUCUUUUUCGGCUGACGAGGCUGCCAAUCUCAUUCGGCAGAAAAACAUCCGUACUCACAUCAAGCAAUGGAAUCGGAAGCGUAUUGAAGCAAUUGCUCUGAACGCUAACCAGCAUAACAAUCUGGUCGUAACGGACCGCUCCAGCGUUGUGAUUGUAGCGCCACGUCCAGCAGCCCCCGCUGCUUCACCAAAGGACCGUCUCACACCGAGAGCAGCUGCAAACGCGCGUCGAGCGUAUGCCCAAACACCUACUCCAACCCCCAAAGCCGCAGAUACGAAUCCCAAGACUCAAGUGAAUCUAAAAAUGGCAAGGACCCCCUCCCCUUCAAAGGCAUCCCAGCUUCACGAAGCUGGCCCCAUGUUGCCACAACAGAGAGGCCAAGUCCAACCACCACCACCAAUGCUAUCAAAUAUACACCAGGAUAGCGUGGUCCUGCGCACACCUUCUACGAAUUCGUCCUUAAGCAUAGCUAAGCCCCCUGCACGUGAGCCGCCGCUACGGAUGAAAGCCAAACAUACUAGUGAUGAUCGCCCCAGGAGCCCCCCGGCCGUUCCUUUAAGCCGUGGAGAUUCAUUGCAUUUCGCGAAGGCGUCCUUGCAGUCGUCGAUUUCUGGUGCUGGCUCCUGUCCGUCCGCUUCUGAGGUAUCCUCCAGGAACCAGGAGACCUUUGCAAACGACCGACGGCCCCCUCAUGCGCUGCCCUCGGUGCUGGUGUCGGGGACAGGCAAAACGAACAACCUCUCUCCUGGCGCUACGGGAACUGUGAUGGAUGCAGGAAUCACAGCAACGCUGGAGUGGACUAUCAACGGUCUACGCAGCGUGCUCCGCAGCCUCUUGAAAGAGAAAUCCGUCUACCGGGAAGCGAUGACGGCAGUUUCAAUCUUUGUGGCUAGUGGACAAGAGGGCUGUCUAAACCCACAGCACAAUGAAGUUUUUUUGUACCGAUUAAAAGAAUGGAUUCCUAACGAAGCCCUCUUCAUGGCAGUGGCAUCUUUAUGCGCACAACUUGCCUCACUUGAGCGACUCAAUCAGAGUACAAAGGAACAACGCCAUUUCACUGGAAAUGGUAAGGAAAAAGUGAUCAAAUAA